CACCGCCUACGGUACAAAGCGAUGCCUCAGCCCCGCCUUACAGACAGCUGUUGGAGCCGUCCAAGGUCUGUCCGUCGAGAGCUCCUCCCCGCGCCACGUCCCUCCCCACAAGCCAACAACUCCUCCCCGCUCGGUAGUAUCAGCGGCAGCGAAAUAGCACUCGCCGCUCUUCAGCGUCCUUUGCCUGACACCAUGAGGCUUUCUGUUCUCCGUCAACUGGCUUGGAGACCGGUUGUGCUGGCAGCCAAGCAGGGCGGAAAGAAGAAAAGCUGCGGUCCCCGGAAACUGCCGCUGUUGCGCCCUGCGACCGGCUGCCCCGCCGUGCUCUUGCCCCACCGAGGGAUAUGCUGCACGUGGGACCGCCUGGAGAAGCAACAGGUCACCGGCAGCGGAGGGGUUCAAAGCUCAGCGGCCAGACAAAUAAUUGAGAGUUCAAGGAAAGCCCUGAAUCUACUGGAGAGAGAGCAUCCUACAUUUAAGCCAACACUUUCCAUUGUACAGACUGGUGAGGAUGAUUUGGGGCAAGAAAUGAUCAGAAACAUUGCUGAAGAGAUCGGCCUGAAUAUUCUUCAUAUUUGUCUCCCUCAUGAUUAUACUGAAAAUGAGAUCAUAAAAGAAAUCGUAAAGCUCAAUGAGAAUCCUAAAAUUCAUGGUCUUCUCCUUCGCCUCUGUAAAGAGUCAUACACAAGCAAAAUAUUGAAUGCUGUGAAACCAGGGAAAGAUGUGAAUGGAGCAACAGAUUUUAACUUGGCAAGAUUGAUGCAUGGAGAAAUGCAUGAAUGUGUGGUACCACCCACUGCCAGUGCUGUGAUCAAGCUUCUGGAAGAACUAGCAUGUGCUACCCUAGAAGGGAAAAAGGUGUUACUUUUGGGAGUUCAAGGACCUUUGGAAGUUUCUUUGCAGUGCCUUCUUCAAAGAAAAGGGGCCAUAACUAUGAGCUGCCUGUGGAAAACGAAGCAACUUCAGACUAUGCUUCAUGAUGCUGAUAUGGUGGUAGUGGGUAGCACCAAACCUAAAGAGAUUCCACUUACUUGGAUGACCCCUGAGAUGACCACUGUGGACUGUUCACAUGACAUUUUAUGGGGACAAAAUGCUUCUGGUGAACAGCCAGUAAAGCACAAUGACCACACUCUGGGUGAAGCUGUAGGUCAGCUGGCAGUGGUAUUAUGCAUGCAGAACUUGGUAAAGAUCAGUGAGCGAUGGAUACGGGCCCAGCAGUAUAAGAACUGGAAUCUCCGUUGCUUGAAACUGCAGCCCCUUUCACCCGUUCCCAGUGAUAUUGAGAUCUCCCGAGGACAGAGUCCAAAAGCUAUUGAUGUCCUUGCCAGGGAGAUAGGAUUGCUUGCAGAUGAAAUUGAAAUCUAUGGUCAAACCAAAGCCAAAGUAUGUCUGUCCCUGCUGGAAAGGUUAAAAGAUCAGCCAGAUGGAAAAUACGUGCUGGUUGCGGGGAUUACACCAACCCCUCUUGGAGAAGGGAAGAGCACUGUGACAAUUGGUCUAGUUCAAGCUCUCACAGGCCACCUUAAAGUAAAUUCCUUUGCCUGCCUGAGGCAACCUUCUCAAGGACCUACAUUUGGUGUUAAAGGUGGAGCAGCAGGGGGUGGUUAUGCUCAAGUCAUACCAAUGGAAGAGUUCAACCUUCACUUAACUGGAGAUAUUCAUGCCAUUACUGCAGCAAAUAAUUUGCUGGCUGCUGCCAUAGAUGCUAGGAUUUUGCAUGAAAACACUCAGUCUGAUAAGGCCUUAUAUAAUAGAUUGGUUCCAUUAGUUCAUGGAGAGAGGAAAUUUUCAACCAUACAGCUUGCACGGAUAAAAAGGCUAGGAAUAACCAAAAUGGAUCCUGACAUAUUAACAGCAGAUGAGAUUAACAGAUUUGUACGUCUUGACAUAGACACAUCUACGAUAACAUGGCAAAGAGUGAUAGAUACAAAUGAUAGAUUCCUUAGGAAAAUAACAGUUGGGCAAGCAAGUACAGAGAAGGGAUUUUCUCGCCAGACUCGGUUUGAUAUAGCUGUGGCAAGUGAAAUCAUGGCAAUCUUAGCACUGACCAGCGGUCUGUCAGAUAUGAAAGAGAGAAUGGGGAAAAUUGUUGUUGCUAAUGACAAAAAAGGAGAACCAGUAACAGCAGAGGAUUUGGGAGUAACUGGUGCUUUGACAGUUUUGAUGAAAGAUGCAAUUAAACCAACACUGAUGCAGACAUUAGAGGGAACUCCAGUUUUUGUGCAUGCUGGACCUUUUGCAAACAUUGCUCAUGGUAAUUCGUCAGUUUUGGCAGACAAAAUUGCCCUUAAAUUGGUUGGCAAAGAAGGAUUUGUAGUAACUGAAGCUGGUUUUGGUGCUGAUAUUGGGAUGGAGAAAUUCUUCAACAUCAAAUGCAGAGCUUCUGGCCUGGUUCCCAGUGUGGUUGUGCUUGUUGCUACAGUGAGGGCUUUGAAGAUGCAUGGAGGUGGGCCAAAUGUGACAGCUGGUGCUCCUCUUAAGAAAGAAUAUACAGACGAGAAUCUCAAGCUGGUGUCUGAUGGCUGUAGUAACUUACGGAAACAAAUUGAAAUCGCACAACAAUUUGGUGUUCCUGUUGUAGUGGCUCUCAAUGUUUUCAGAACGGACUCUCCUGCUGAGGUUGAUUUAGUCUGUGAGAUUGCUAAACAGUCUGGAGCUUCUGAUGCUGUGCCUUGCAAUCACUGGUCAGAUGGGGGCAGAGGAGCUGUGGAAUUGGCUCAGGCUGUAAAAAGAGCUGCUAAUCAGCAGAGGAGUUUCAGAUAUCUAUAUGACCUGGAGCUUCCCAUUGUUGAAAAAAUAAGAAUCAUAGCACAGAAAAUAUAUGGAGCGGAAGAUAUUGAGUUGUCUCCUACUGCACAAUCUCAAAUAAAUUGUUACAGUGAGCAGGGAUUUGGAAAUCUGCCAAUUUGUAUGGCAAAAACCCAUCUGUCCCUCUCUCACAUGCCUGAGUGGAAAGGCGUUCCCACUGGCUUUAUUCUGCCUAUUAGUGAUGUGAGGGCCAGUAUCGGAGCUGGCUUCAUUUAUCCACUGGUAGGAACGAUGAGUACUAUGCCAGGAUUACCUACAAGGCCUUGCUUCUAUGAUAUUGACCUGGAUCCUGAUACAGAGGAAGUCAAAGGGUUGUUUUAAUAAAAGCACAAAAAUCAGACUUCCAUGUUUCCUGGAGUAUGAGCCAAGCAUGAAUUUGAAGAAUGCCUAUAACAUAUCUCUGGAACAAUAUUGGAAAAGACAAAAUCAAAGAAAUAUACUCUUUCCUGAAGCCUUACUAUAAUGAAAAACCAAAGCAAGAACAACGUAUAAAAAUAGUACUAACUAAAUCAUUGUAAAGUGUAGUGUUAAGGGGUGUUUUCAAGACAUGCUGUUGCCCACAGGCUGGCUAAUGGUUGUAGGGAAGGGGAAAUGAUAUAAAAAGAAAAGACAGUUUCUACACUUUAAGGUUUUCUAAUCACUAUUUAAAAUGCAUUAUCAAUACCUAAGCACAGUCAUUAACCAAAAUGGAGACAAUAGUCAAGAAAUCAGAAGAAGGCUAGGACUGGGAAGGGCAGCUAGGAGAGAACUAGAAAAGGUGCUCAAAUACAAAGAUGUAUCACUGAACACUAAAGUCAGGAUCAUUCAGACCAUGGUAUUCCCGAUCUCUAUGUAUGGAUGUGAAAGUUGGACAGUGAAAAAGGCGGAUAAGAGAAAAAUCAACUCAUUUGAAAUGUGGUGCUGGAGGAGAGCUUUGCGCAUACCAUGAAAAGACAAAUAAUUGGGUGUUAGAUCAAAUUAAACCAGAACUAUCACUUGAAGCUAAAAUGUUGAAACUAAGGUUAUCAUACUUUGGACACAUAAUGAGAAGACAUGAUUCACUAGAAAAGACAAUAAUGCUGGGAAAAACAGAAGGGAGUAGAAAAAGAGGAAGGCCAAACAAAAGAUGGAUUGAUUCCAUAAAGGAAGCCCCAGACCUGAACUUACAAGAUCUGAGCAGGGUGGUUCAUGACAGAUGCUCUUGGAGGUCGCUGAUUCAUAGGGUCGCCAUAAGUCGUGAUCGACUUGAAGGCACAUAACAACAACAACAACAUUUAAAAUGCAAAACCAAAGUGUUUCUCUCGCCUUGGUCAGCUUAGAAAAGAAUGCUGCUUCUUGAUGACAUUUAAUGCAUUUUAUAGGGUAUAGUACAGUUUCUCGAUUUCAGCACCUGAAGUGAAAAACAAAAUUAGCUGGAAAUGUCUGAGCUGUUGUUCAGUGUUAUCCUGGGUAGUACUGGGGUGGGAAGAAACUAAGGUUUCAAAUGAGGGAUCUCAUUUCAUAAAAUAGCCGAAAAGUUUUAUUAAAAAAUAAAAAAUAAGCAUUUUUCCCUCUGUGGCCAAACAGCUGUGAAAUGUUUAUAACUUUAUGUAUCUCACCAUUAUUGCUGUCUGCCAAAUGAGUUCAUGUUUCUGGGCUUACUGCUUUGAACUAUUGUGUAUAACUCUCUAUGAUUCCCCAAAUGUCAAUGAGCUUUCUUUCUUUUUAUAGCCAAUGGAAGUAAAUCUUUAUGUGCAAGACCUUCAACCCCCACUUUUAUAAAAAAUGUACAUGAGUACAAUACUGAAUUUGCCCUAUUUUGGGUAGUACUUUAACAUAACUGUACUGCAUUAUAGCCUUAGGUUAGUAAGGGGAAAUAAAAUACUAGUGGCUGUUGUAUCAUAUAUUUGCUUAUUCCAGUCAGCAGUUGGUAGAGUCAGUCAAAUAUCCAAUGCUGUGCAAGUGGAACAGUGCUCGUGCCAGGGUACCUUUGAUGCCCUCCUUCCUGCUGUAUCCUCCCCGCCCCACAAGAGAAAACCUACUCUUGAGGAACAAGGACAUUUAGGAAAAGCCUGGGCUGUGGAGCAUGUGACACAGUAGAGGGAGGAAGGGGCGGGAGCUUGCACAAGUGGGAAGUUGCUUUCACAAGCAGAUUUUGAAUAAUUCACACAUCCCAUUGCAGCAUAUCCUAACUCUUUCCUAUGUGAGAUGUUUAGGAGGUUGAAAUGGGAAGGAAGGAUAGGGAAGGCCUGCCGCACAAGCAGACAUCUAGUGCAGGAUUGGCUACAACCCCUUAGUUUGGGCUUUAUAAUUGCCAACUAUAAAUUUCGCUGCCCUUUCAAAAAUCUAGUAUUAACCGAAAUAUACGUUAAUAGAAAAUUUGGGGAUAUUAUUUCUCAUGUUGUUAUUAGAGUGAGUGCUAGCAUACACAAUACCACCCUUCUAGUGUCUGUUGCAUAUUAAAACAGUUUUAUUGCAUUAUCUCCAGGAAUGCAUUGCACUAUUCUGUUCAUAGAUACUUAUCAGCAAUCCAGCCCACACAACUGCAUGACCUACAAUAAAGCAGACAUAUGUCAAGUGGCUGAAAAGAUACUCAAUUUUAAUCCUCAAAAAAUGAUGUCAUUGAGUUUUUGAAUACCAAAUGUCCAUUCAUUUUGUCAAUUAUAUCAUUUGAUUAGAACAGUGUAAUAUUUGUGGAGAAAAAUUAUAUGGUUCAUUUUCUGGACUCUUACAAACCAGAACUGGGAGUGGUCAGGGAUAUUUAAAAAUAAAAGAUGCUAAUUGCUUUGUUUCGUGGUCACAUAUUAUAAGAAGCUGGUUGAAACUUCAGCUAAAUUUCAUGCUGUCAGUGACAUGACAGGAAAAUCUACUUGAAGAUAUGAGGGCAGCCUUAGAAUAGUGAAGGUAAUAUACUAAUACAACACACAACUCCUUCAACUAGCCUACUAAAUCUUCCCCUAAGAACAUAAGAGCCUGCUGGAUCAGGCCAGUGGCCCAUCUAGUUCAGCAUCCUGUUCUCACAGUGGGCAACCAGAUGCCCAUAGGAAGCCCGCAAGCAGGACCUGAGUGCAGGAGCAUUCCCCCCCCCCCCCAGUUUCCAGCAACUGGUAUUCAGAAGCAUACUGCCUCCAACUGUGGAGAUAAAGCAUAGCCAUCAUGGCUAGUAGCCUUUGAUAGCUUUAUUCUCCAUGAAUGUGUCUAAUCCUCUUUUAAAGCCCUCUAAGUUGGUGGCCAUCACUGCCUCCUGUGGGACUGAAUUCCAUAGCUUAGCUAUGUGCUGCAUAAAGAAUUACUUUCUUUUAUCUGUCCUGAAUCUUCCAGUAAUUAGCUUCAUUGGAUGUCCACAAGUUUUAGUGUUAUGAAAGAGGGAGAAAAACUCUCCACGACAUGCAUAAUUUUUGAAAUUUCUGUCAUGUAACCCCUUUUCUCUAAACUAAAAAGCUUCAAAUGCUGCCAUUU